CAUAAUUGAGAAUUAAGAAAUGAGCCCAUUGGGGGAGGGAGUAGAAGGAAAGGACAAAAGCAAGUCUUCUUAGCAAAGCCGAAACCAGUGAAGAAUUGAGAAUUGAAGGUGAAGAUUAGCUGCUGCUCUGCAAAUGGAAGCCUACCGAAUCACGCUGCCGCAUAUGGCCAAAUCGAGAUGGAGGAAACUUGCACUCAUAAUAGCCGCAAUCCAGGCUAUGAGGGAAAAUUCAUCUGCAAAGAAAUCAAUCUCAGCGCCUGCGUCAUCUUCUCUGAAAUCAAGAGGAAACCCAACAGCUAUUCUAUCAGAUUAUUUUUUGGGGGUUAACCCUAAUUCUUCGUUUUCACCGUCGAUGAUGCCACUGAAAUCAAGGUGGAGAAUACUGAAGCACGUGAUCGUUGCAACCCUAAGAUUUCAGGCUGCGCUAGGGAGGCAUCUCGACUCUGAAUUGAGCAGUAGUUCAUCUACAUUUCUAAGCCUUGAAACAGACGAAGCUUAUAGUCUUCAUGAAGCGAGUGCAUCCGGUGUUUCUCAAGGCAAUUCUCCAUUUUCGUUUGACGAUCUAUUUCAAUUUCCUUCUCCAUCUCCAAUCGACGAUUUAGUUCAAUCUCCGGCAUGGAUGACGCAGGAGCGGGACCCUCCUUUUGGAUUUUCACCAUCUUUAUCCAGAUGGAGAGUAUUGAAACACGUCGUCGUGGCAACCCUAAGAUUGCAAUCAAUCGGGAGGGGUGGUCGAAGAUCGCCAUCAAGAUGGAUGAAGACAUCAGACGCCACGGUGAGGCUAGGGAGGGAUCGGAGUCCACCAUCAAGAUGGAUCAACAAGAUGAACGCACACACCUUGUUGCAGGUGGUGACCUCGUUUCCCAACUUGCCUGAUUUUGACCUGAAAUCCAUAAUCCAAACAGACGAUAUCUCCGGCAAGGUCUACAGAGUCGUCCAUCGGCAGACCGGCCAAAGCUACGCCUUGAAGGAAUUCCCCGAUGAUUCCUCUCAACGCCAACAAAUCAGCGGCGAAGUCCAGAUCCUAAAGGAAUUGGAUCAUCCCAACCUCGUCAAAUGCUACGACGUCGUCUUUGGUGAUGCCGGUGUGAGUUUCCUCCUCCUCGAGCCCUUGGACUGCGGAUCUUCUAACAUAACUAGUGAAUCCGACCUAGCUAGUUUCGCUUAUCAACUUCUCUUGGGGUUGAAUUUUCUCCACCGGAAUAGAAUUUGGCAUGGAGAUAUCAAACCCUCCAAUAUUUUCGUUGAUCAAUCCGGCCAAGUCAAGCUCUUGUACGUAGGGAAGACUUUGUCUAGGAAGCCGGCGAUUUCCGCUGAAAUUGGAGCAAUACACGACGGAUUCUCAUGGGAUAUAUGGAGUGUGGGGUUGUGUAUUCUCAAAUUGGGCAAAUAUUUGAAAUGGUCUGACAGAGAUUUUGGAUUUAGUGAAGAUUUGAGUUUGUCGGGGGAGAAACAGCAGAUUUGGUCGGCCAUGGAUGUAGAAUUCAAUGAACCCUUGUGGAAACCGUCGAUGGAACUGUUGAAGCUUCUCUCAGCUUGCAUGCAGACAGAUGUACUGAAGAGAUGGACAGCCGAACAACUUGUUCAUCAUCCCUUCUUUGAUCAGCUUCCACUGAAGAAAGAGGUUCAACUUCCACCAAUAAAGAAAGAGGUUCAAACUUCACGAUUAAUGAAAGAGGAUUUUCAACUUUCAUCAAAAGUUCGAACUGGGAAAGAGGUAAAGGAUAAAAUUCUACGGGAUUUUAAGGAUACAUUUUCUUUCUAUUCUGAAAGAAUGGAACCGACGAGUCCUGUAAAGAAAAAACCCAAAAUUUCUAUAAAGGAUGAUCCAAAAGAUUCAACGAGUGGAGUACCUCAUGAAGUUCCUGAGAGGUGCAUCGAACAUUGCAAGCUAUUUCUUCCGGAUUGUGAAUUUGAAAAGGAUAAAUUAGUAUGGAUGUGGAUAGCUGAAGAAUGCUUCGAACUAGGAGCGACUAAAAGAAUGGAGGAUGUUGGUAACUUGUAUUUCGAUGCUUUGGUCCAGAGGGAAGUCAUUGUAGCUUCCAAGUUUGAUAGUAUUCUGAGGCAGAUGAUGUACAAAUUUAAUGCAUCUCAAGUGUCGGAGGGGGUCCUUAAACAAGGUAAGUAUUUGAGGAUAAGUCCAAGUAAUAUGAAUGAGAUCUACAGCGAGGCAUUACAUCUGACAUGGAAGUGUAAGAGGCUUGACCGAACCUUUUCUGAUGCUCUGAAGAAUUUCAAACAGUUGCAUACGCUUGUUGUGCAUGGGGAUCGCUGUGCUGUCACCGGCCAACUGCCCAGCGACUUCUUUUUGGGUUUAAAGCUGUUAAGAACAUUGGAUUUGAGUCGCACUCAUGUAGCAGAGGUACCAGGUUCCAUUGGAAAGUUGGAGUCACUGCGAUAUCUUGAUUUCUCUGGGACUCCCAUCCAGCGCCUACCUGAAUCAGUUGAUCGCCUCCACCGUCUGCAAACACUAAACCUUAAAUACUGCGUUGGACUUUCUGCUUUACCAAGAGGAUUGGGGAAGUUAGUUGACCUUCGCCAUGUAGAUCUCGACAUUGUUAGUCAAUUGAAGUCCAUGCCCAGAGGGAUGGGAAAUCUAGUAAAGCUUCAAACUUUACGAGCAUUCAUCGUGGGGAGAAAGCAUGAUGGAUGCGGCAUAGGAGAGCUGAGAAACAUGAAUGAGAUUACAGGGCCUUUUUGUAUAUCAAGGCUUGAAAAUGUGUCCGAUGCAGAGGAAGCAAAGGAAGCUGCGCUAUCGGAUAAAAUUUAUAUGGAGAAGCUGGAGUUACGAUGGAAUAAUAGUGCAGAUGACGAUACAGCUGAAAUCUUGGAAUCCUUGCAACCACAUUUUCACCUCAAGGAGGUAGUGUUGUCGUUUUAUGGUGGAUCAAGACUUCCGAGGUGGAUAAGUAACCCAUCGUAUACUGAUCUUGUCAGCAUGACUCUGCACAAAUGCAUAAAUUGCGACAUCCUGCCCUCCAUUGGGGAACUGCCGUCUCUCAAGAUUCUCAAGAUUUUCCACAUGGAAAACGUGAGGAACAUCGACAUGCUGUUUUGCAGGAAUGAUGAUAGUAAAGUGGUUAAUGCAUUUCCAAGGCUGGAGCAAUUGAGUGUUGAGGGCAUGCCUGUGCUUGAAGAAUGGAGUGGAGUAAAGGGCGGUGAUUUCCCCUGCCUUUGCGACCUUUCCAUAAGAUACUGCCCAGAACUGCGUCUUCUUCCAUCUCUGUCGCAUCUCUCCUCUCUUGAUCGCUUGGAAAUAAGUCACUGCAAGCAGCUAAUUUCUUUGACGGAAGGGUCAUUGCCUGCUUCGCUUGAAUCUCUGAUAAUAAGAUGCUGCCCAGGAAUAAACGAGAGGUGCCGCAAGGAUGGAGUAGAUUGGCCCAAGAUUGCUUCUGUUAGGAACAUAUGGAUUGAUUUGGAAAAAUUGUCUUUAGAUUAAAGGCGUGCAUAACUCACAUUUGUCCAUUUUCGGGCUCUGUUUAUAAAUUGGGUAAAUUUAAACA